CAACGAUUUCUUACAUCACUAGACAAUUGGCGUUCCAAAAAGCGACAACAACAAAACACGGCUUGGUUAUUUUGCUCGGCCAGCGCGCUUUAACACCAUUUAGCACGUGUCCGUGGACACCGGACAGGCCAAAGAUGUCCAACGGGCGGUACGGGAGAUUCGGAGCACUCAUCGGUGUCGCCUGCGUGACCAGCACCCACUGCCGCUUUCUGAUUUACUCAACGAAAAAUGCCGAGGUCCUGGCCUACCAUGAGCUCAAGCUGCGUCAGAUUGUCCACCAGGCGGGCUGGAUGGAGUACGAUCCUGCCGAGAUAUGGAAGAACACACAGGAGUGCAUAGAGACCGCCUAUAAGAACCUUGUUAUACUAGAGAUCAAUCCACAUGAUAUUAUUGCCAUCGGCAUCGUAAAUCAACGCGGAACCUCGGUGUUAUGGAACAAGGAGACGGGACAGCCACUGCACAAUGCCAUCGGCUGGUCAGAUUGCCGCAGUACUCCCAUCCUGAAGGGCCUGCUUCAUAAUGUUCGGCACAAUGUGGACUACGUGAGAUAUCGCAGUGGCUUGCCCCUAAGCAGCUGUUUCAGUGCCCUAAAGAUACGCUGGCUUAUGGAUCACGUUCCUUCUGUAGCCACGGCCAUUGAAGAGAACAAGUGCUUAUUCGGCACCUUGGACUCCUGGCUUCUGUGGAACCUCACCGGCGGCGUAGAGACUGGUGUGCACUCUACGGACCUCACCAAUGCCCACUACACCUCCCUUUUGAACCUGUCCACAGAGCAGUGGGAUCCUAAACUCUGCCAGUUUUUUCGAUUGCCCCUGAACAUACUGCCACGCAUACGAUCCAACUCCGAAAUCUUCGGCUACGUGCUGGAGGGUCCUUUGCUGGGCAUUCCCAUAGCGGCCAUGAUGGGUGAGCAGCCAGCAAGUUUGCUGGGCCAGCUCUGCGUGAAGGCCGGUCAAAAUGUCUGCACCCUGGACGAUAGCUGUUUCGUGCUCCUUAACACGGGCAGGGAGAAACUGGACUCUGCAAAUGGACUGAUAACGGGCAUAGCGCACAAGCUGGGCGAAAAAGAGGCCACUAACUACACACUUGAGGGAGCCAUUUCAAAUGCCGGUUCAACUGUGACAUGGCUGCGGGAUAAACUGCAGAUCAAUACUGAGAUUAAUUCCAAUGAUAAUGUGGUGGAGUCUUUGAAUACAUUCAUCGGCGAGAACUCGAUGAUCUCGUCCUCCUGUUCCUCGUCCAUGCUGAAUGCCGAGUGUGGACUGGCGGCCAAGAGGUCGGAGAUAACGUUUGUGCCGGCAUUUCAUGGUUUGUACGCUCCUUACUGGCGGCACGAUGCCAGGGGCAUAAUCUUGGGACUUACCAGCCAGACAACAGCGGAAAACAUCACCCAAGCUGCUUACGAGGCCACCGGGUUCCAGAUCUUUGAAGUCCUACAGGCGUUCAAGCGCGAUACACCCAACUGGGACCGCUCCUGCAUGCAGCCUGUGCUCACGUUCGGCGGCGAUUAUGCCGAGAACUCGCAUCUGGUGCAGUUCAUAGCGGACAUCAUCGGCUACAUGCUGGAGCGGCCGCAGACCACCUCGCCUGCUGGCUUGGGCGUGAUGAUAACCGCGGGCGUCACGAUGAAAGUGGUGUCCCUGAAAUAUGCCGUAAAAAUGUACACCCCGCCCACGGAUGUCUUCUCGCCGACAACUACCAAAAAUCGUCGAGAGCUGCUCUACAGGCGCUGGGAUUAUGCGGUAAAGAAAUGCCUGCACUGGAACAACUACGAGACGUACGAGGCUGAUGUCGAGCUGUUUGCUCAGCGAGAACUUGAUCCCAAUUUGCCUGUUAGGCGUUCUAUACCCGGCAGUGUAUUUCUGAUUUCAUCAUUUGCUCUGGUCCUCCUGUCUAACUACUUGAAGAACAAUCCCCUGAAAUAGUAAAAGAAGGAAGCAGUAGGGAAAAGGCAGCUCUAUCUAGUCAACCAAACACGUUUAAAUGUGUGCAUUAAAAUUUAUUGUUUAGUUUAGCAUGUAAUCUUAUAUAGUUCAUUUUAUAUGUAUAUAUAAUCCAUUUAGUUUUUUGCCCGAGUUGUAGAUCAAAAUAUUUGUGAUUCGCGUAUAUACACCACUACAGAUAUACAAAUUUUCUUAAGCAUA